UCCCGCUCUGCCGGAAGCGCGGGAGUCUCGGUUUGUGGUAACUUAGGUCGCUGUACUGUACUGCCAUUAGAGGCUCCACUUCCCUGAAACUUUACAGCCACUUGAAGCGAAAUGGCUCUGGGCUUGAGAGGAGUAGGCAGUGGCAAUGCAAGGGUCGUCUCGACCUUAGGCUGCCCGUAGGGAAGGAGCCUGAGGACUCUCUGAGAGGUUUGGGCCUGUCCCUUUUCCCUUUGUAGUGACACUGCUUACUGCGAAGAUGAGUUUGGCCUGGGUCACCUCUUUCGAGAAGGAGCAUCUCUGGAUGUAUCUGCAGGCGCUCGGCUUCGAGCCAGGCCCGGCGACCACUGCUUGCGGAAAGAUCGUGUCGCACACGCACCUCGGAGUAAGUCUAUUCUAAAAAUUGACNNGCGAUGCCUUUCAAAUAGUUUCUUAUUUUUUGUUUCAAACCCUGGACCCGUCUCUCACCAAAGAAGUUUUCAAACUUUGUUGGCCUCCAUUUGACCAAAAAACUGAUACUGAAUUCCGGAAACAUUGCUAUGAAUGGUUAAAAAAGAUUUCUGCUGAAUGUGGAAGUAGCUUUCCUCAAGUUGUUGGUUCACUAUUUCUUUCUCCUGGUGGUCCUAAGUUUAUUCAUCUGAUGUAUCAUUUUGCAAGAUAUGUUGCAAUAAAAUAUAUAAAAACUCAUUCUAAAAAUUCAUCCAUACGAUUUUCAGAGACAUUUAAUACAAAGCCACAGGAUUUGCACAUGUGCAUUGCCAGGUGCCAUGUAGCACGUAACAGAUUUUUACAAAUUUUACAAAGAGAAGAUUCUGUUUUUCAAAAAUAUCAGGAAAAUGCACAAUUGUCACUUAAACAAGUAAGAAAUUUGAGAUCAGAAUAUAUGGAACAGCAAAACCAAAUAAAAACGGAACCUUUUGAAGACGAAGGUAAUAUACAAGAGAAAAUUCAAAAGGUUCGGUCUUUGUGGGCUUCGGUGAAUGAAACACUCAUGUUUUUGGAAAGAGAGAGAGAAGUUGUUAGUUCAGUCCUUAGUCUUGUUAACCAAUAUACUUUGGAUGGAACUGAUGUUGUUAUCAGUGUUCCAGGGCUCUUACUUGACAAAAUUGAGAAACAAAUGUGUCAGUUGCACAUAGGAAACGUUUAUGAGACUGGAAAACUGAACCUUUUAACAGUUAUUCAGUUAUUAAAUGAAGUCUUGAAAGUAAUGAAAUAUGAACAUUGUCGGGCUGACCAAGCAAGACUGGCAAUAGACCUUCGCUUCCUUGAAAAAGAAACCAAAUUUCAGAGAGAAAGAUUAUCGGAUCUGAAACAUAUGAGGCAUAAAUUGAAAGAAGAUCUUACAACUUUAAGACAUUCUAUUAUUGAAAAACAAGAAGAAUGGCAUGAAAAAUGGAAAAAAUACCUUGGUUUGUCUCCUUUCAGUCUAAUUAAAAGUUGGACUCCAGCUGUGGAUCUUUUACCACCUAUGUCUCCCCUUUCGUUUGACCCUGCCUCAGAGGAAGCAUAUGCAAGAAGUAUUCUUUUGCAGUAUCCUGCUUCACUUCCAGAUACACCUAAGCAACAUAGCCAGGAAAAUGAUUGUAGAAGAGCCACUGAUACACUAGGAACUGUAUAUGAUCUAGCCAACAGCCCUUCUUCUUUCCUGUUGCAGCCAGUUUCAUCAUCAGAUAGAAAAAGUGUUACACUAUUUGAAAAGGACAUGAAGAUGAGAACACCUAGAGAGGAUAAUGAAACAGUUUCUAAGAAGACACUGGAAUUUGAAAUGGAAGACCUCCCAUCAUCAAAUACUGCAAAGAAUGUAGAGAGUAGUGCAUUUGGAGAGCCUCUGCCAGUUAAAAAAAGUGAUCCAUUCCAAAAAGAGCAAGAUUAUCUGGCAGAAGAGGUUGCGAGGACAGUUUUAUCUGAUUCACCACAGCUCUCUACAGGAAAAGAAGUGAAACUAGAGCAACUGAUUGAUUCUUUAGUUUCUAACCCGUUCUUAACAAGGAACCAAAUUCCUCGAACUCCAGAAAACUUGAUAAGUGAUAUUAGGAGCUCAUGGAGAAAAGCUGUUGAAAUGGAAGAUAACAGAAGUACAGAACCAGUUCAAAUGGAUACUGAACAUAGAAAAAUAUUGCCAGAAUCCUUACCUGUGUUGCAUAAUCAAAAAGAAUUUAGCAUGGCCAGUUUUUUCUCAGCAACCACUGAAUCUGAUUAUAGCCAUUCUCAUUUGCCUGAAGAGAAAAUUGUUUCAGAUUGCCUCAAGUGUUCGCCUCAGAAACGUGUGGUGACCAGUCUCAUAGAUAAACCAACAACACAAAGUCAGUCAGAUUUGUUAAAUAAGAAGAUAAUUUGCAAGCAAGAUUUGGAGUGUACUGCUUUACAGAACAAGCUUCUAGAAACUACCCAAACAGAGACACUCUCUCCUGCUAUAAGCAAUAGGAGAGAUGUGAUAGGUAGCAGUGAAGGUGAAUAUAUUAAAAUAUUGGAUUACUCGCCAGCUUCUUACAAAGAACCUUCCAUGCAUAAAAGUAUGUUAUGGAAUUCUUUUCAGAUAUCAAGUGGAAUUAGUUCCAAUAGUUUUAAGGAUACUGAUUUUGGCAUAUUACAUGAAACUCUUCCAGAAGAAGUUGGCCACUUAAGUCUUAAUAGCUCCAGCAGUACAGAAGCCAAUUUUAAACUGGAACCAAAUAGUCCUAUGCAAAGUGGCAUUUUUCCAGAAGAUGUUGUGAGAGAAAGACAGACGACUCCAAAAUCAGAUUUAAAUUUACAGGCCAUUUCCAGUAGAUAUGAGGCUCUGAAAAAAUCUCUGUCUAAGAAAAGGGAAGAAACUUACCUCUCUAAUUCUGAAAUACCUGAAGGACACAAACCACAAUUGAGCCCUACUCCCUCAAACAUGCAAACAGAUGGUAUGUGUAACUUUUUGGAUACUCAUGAUUUGCACAUUGACUAUACAAAACCAUCUUUACGCACGUCCCUUUCACCACUAAUUAAGUUUUCUCCAGUGGAACAAAGACCGAGGACCCCAAUAUCAUGUAGUCAUGGAGAACUACCUAAUUUAAAAGAAGAAGAAAUCUUAAAUAAGAGCCUUGAUACAAAAGAAUCUCCAUUCGACUUGAUGAAGCAGUAGCCCUGUUAAUUUAACUGAUGUCUUCAAUUGAAGCAAGCUGAUUUAAAAACUGAUUUAUAAUUUAAAUACACAUUGGAAGUGUAAUUCUUUUUUCAAGGUCUAAAAAGACUUAAACAGUGCCUUUUAGCUUCCUCUAAUGUUUUUAGGUAAGAAGAUUAUGUUUGGAUUUUCUCUUUGUAUUAUUGUAUGGGGUUGAAAUGUGAAGUAUUUGGAAAGUAAACGUCAAGUUACAUGAAGCCAUUUGAUUUCUUGAAUCUUGUAAGCAUUAAGUAAAUGGCAAAGUAGUAGUUUAAUUUAUUAGUUUUAAUUUCAGUUAAUUAAGAUAAGGAUGAGUGGUUUUUGAUGUACUUUUAUUAAGUGGUUAACAUAAUAACCAUUGAAUACAAUGAUCUUUCAUUUUAGGGAAAUAUACAACUUAUUGUUUCUUAAUGGAACAUUCUGAUACUAACCAAAAAAAGUGAGAAAAAUAGUGCCUUGAGAUGUGUAGUCAAAAUGACUAAGUUUAAGUUUGAGAAAAUUCUAAAUGGGCUUAAUGAUUACUCAAGUAGGUUGAUCCUGAAAAAUGUUUGCUCGAAUGAAGUGCAUGUGAUAGUAAGUGAAGACUGGGGCAGAAGGAAUUUAGAGAAAAGGGAAAAGGUAGAGGAGAUGACUAUACACUUUUAAGGAACACUAUCUAACUAUAAAUCCAUUUAGUGGGUUGUAUAACAGAUUUAUAUUUAGUCUAAUUUAGACUUGGAGAAUUUAAUUUAACUCUAGUUUUAUAUUUUAACAAAAAUAAAAAUUAAAAAAUUUA